CCGUCGUGCUAAGCUGACUCACUCGCUCAUUAUUACCUCGGAAUUGUUUUGUACCCACGUUCUGAGCUAACUUACUAAUAUCGAUAAGCUCAGAAAUCAGACAAAGCAAGGGCUCUUAGGUUGAAAGAAAGCUCAGCAGAAGUGGGCACUAGUCACAGUCCGCCGGUCGAGCUUAGUCUCUUUCAAAAUCGCUAUGGCCGGUGAAAGAUUCGGCUUUGCCCUGACUGUCUCUGGACCUUUUGGGCCUUUUGCGUCUUUGAAUGAUCUAUCCCAGAGUUUGCAGGCAUCUUCUGCACACAGGGAAGACAACUAUAGGAACCUAGAAGACACGACUGCCAUCACUACGGACAAUAUCUUCCAAUAUAACCCGACAAGUACUGUAUCCAUUUCACCACAGCAGCAGCACUUGGCGUGGUACGAUCAAGUACACCCUAUACCGUAUCCCAGUUCCUCUUCCAACAUCUUCAAGAAAGAGUCUCUCGAUGACAAGCGGGAUACUGAUAACUUCGAAGACGACAACGACCGUGAUCAGGACGAUGGAGAGCAGGAACCCGUCGAAUGCAUCGAAUCCGAAGAACAGGAGUCAAAGAAACGCAAAUGUAACAAGCCCAUUUUCAGCUGCCGGGAAUGUGUGGGCAAGGAGAUGAGAUGUGAUCGAGGACGGCCUCAUAUUUGUCUUGGUAGUGACCGACUACUGACUGACUGGAUGCAGCUGUCUCUCCUGUAUCCGAAGAGGAACCGAGUGUGUCUAUAGAAUUAAAGCCGAGAUAGUUGAGGAAUCUCUUCACAAACCCACAAGCCGUCGGAAAUAUCAAUCCAGGGCGUCCAGGCAGCAGCAGCAACGGCAGAAACAGAGUUCCAGUGACUAUGUUAGUCUACUAUUGUUGAAACUACUUUUGGGACCCUGGACUGGUUGGAGAUUAUUUAGGAUGGUUCCCCGGCAUCUUCGAAUGGGUCUAAACCCGCCUUGUUCACGCACCAGGAGACCACAGAUCUUCUGCUUAGCAAUCCACCAUACUCUGAAAUAGGAUCUAAUACUACCACAAUAUCUGGGAUUGGCUCGGAGUACCCAUUUAGCAACUACUGGGCUCAAAAUGGAGGUGUUGUGAAGUAU